AUGAAAAUGAAAAAUGAAAGCUUGGAACAAUUUUGCUGGGAUCAGGAAGGAAAUUUUACUCAAUACAGAGAUCAUAAAGUUGAACAGAUUGUUUCCGGCAAUAUUGCAGGGGUGAGCCUUAUUAUCGCGAUUUAUCUGUUUUGUGCGUUGUCGGUUUAUUCUUUUAGAUUUGGAGAAUUCAGUCCUUUCAAACCAAAACUACGGCGCGUUUCUUUCGCCUUACUCCUCCUUGUCUCCUUCCUCGACAUCAUUCUAUGCUCCUUCCUCGUCUGGUCAAACUACCAACAAAACAUGAGUCAUUUAAAAUGCCGGGUGACCGAGAAGAUUAGCCAGGCAUGCUUCAACCUUUUUCGAAAUUCCCAAAAUCCGAAAUUAUUUUUGAAGCCAAAGAACAGUAACGUCAUUUUCAUCACGACUUUCUACUUCAUCUACCUGUUUCUCUGGCUUCGUCAAAAUAAAUUCUACCAGGAUCCGAUUCUCUCCGACAACUUUCCCGAAUGGUCCCGGAAACUGAACAAGUUCACUUUGGCAGCGAUCAUUUUUGUUGUUACUGCUUCGAAUAUCACUGUAGCGCCUCAUUUCUUCGACCCAAAAGUGAUCAUUUGUGGUAAACGGAAGGAAAAUGGAUAUUUCGAAGGAAUCUGUUUCCAGGACGAUGAUGAAUGGAGCUUAUGGCUUGGACUUGGAUCGAUGGUCUUUAUUCAAUCCCUCCUUCUCUUCCUGUUUCUCUAUCCCUUGAAAUUGCAUCCGAAGCACAUUUCCGCGACGAAUCCUCUUCAGCAAGAAGGCAUGUAUCGACUUUUGAGACGAUGUACGAUUCUAGCGACUUGCUGCACAGUCACAGAUUUAUGCUGCAUUCUCUUUUAUGACUGGAUAAUUCAAUUUCAAGCAAAAACAACAUGUUAUAACUGA